UAGCUUAGUUGGAUUGAGUACAACAUCAUGAAUGGGUUUCAGAAGCCUCCUCUGUUUUGAUCUCCUCCAUAUUUUCGUGCUCUUUUUGCUUCCAUUGAAGGCCACCUCAUCACUAAGAAUACAGGCUGAAGCUCUCAUGAACUGGAAGCACAGCUUUACAUCUUCAUCACCUUCUCUUAAUUCAUGCUCUUUCGCAUACCUAAACAACCUCUGCAACUGGACUGCCAUUGUCUGCAACCACAACAGCAGAACAGUCUCCAAAAUUCACCUCUCAAACUUGAGCAUCAGUGCAACACUAACCCAGUUCAACUUCAACAAGUCUCUGGAUCUCACCCAUUUUAACCUGAAUGGCAACAAUUUGACAGGGUCUAUACCAUAUGCCAUUGGCAGCCUCACCAAGCUUACAACCUUGGAUUUGGGAAACAAUGUUUUGCACAAGAAGUGCUUGCACAAGGGUGAAAAUUAUGCAAGGAGGAGCACAUGCAAUCUUUCACUUGCACAAUGACUGCUUCAAGCUCAUCGUUCACCUGUACAUAACGCUGAACAACAUAUUACUACAGCGGGAUUUUGUGCCAUGGCUAUCAGACUUUGGAACGGCAAGACUAUUGAGCUCGGAUUUCUCAAACUGGACUGCUGUAGUGGGUCUUAUGGCUACAGGGCUCCAGAGUGUGAUGUAUACAGCUUUGGGGUGGUGGCAUUAGAGAUCAUGAUGGGAAGGCAUCCAGGGGAGCUAUUGGAAUCUCUAUCAGAAAACAGAGGAUUGUAUUUGAAGGAUUUGCUAGACCAACGACUUCGGUCUCCAUCAAGUCAGUUAGCUGCGGGAGUGGUUUCCAUCGUAACAGUGGCCUUGGCAUGCAUGAGCACUGAUCCAGGUUCAUGACCCACUAUGCAGUUUAUGGCAAAAGAACUGUCAGCAGACUUGCCUCUCUGAGCCGUUAGGCAUGAUAACCAUCAACAACUUGCUAAGUUUUCGAAACUAGAAGCGACUGAAAUUAAAGUUUAACAACCUAAUUCUACUUGAAAGAGUUUUGCAUGUCCUAUAGUUUCUGCUUUCUA